UGUGAGCGCAGGUUCGCGGAGCGGUCGGGCGUGUUCUCCGCUCGCCGCCGCCGCCGCCCGACCCGACGGCGGAGCCAGCGAGUGACCCCCGCGGCGCCCUCCCGCACCGGAUCGCUCCUCGCUGGGGCGGGACCUGGCCCGCAGGUCCUGGUCACUAUGAGUGAAACAUCCUUCAACCUAAUAUCAGAAAAAUGUGACAUCCUAUCAAUUCUCCGGGAUCACCCUGAAAACAGGAUUUACCAGAGGAAGAUCCAGGAGCUCAGCAAAAGGUUCACCGCGAUCCGCAAGACCAAGGGAGACGGGAACUGCUUCUACCGCGCCCUGGGCUACUCCUACUUGGAGUCGCUGCUGGGGAAGAGCCGAGAGAUCCUCAAGUUCAAAGAACACGUACUGCAGACCCCGAACGACCUUCUGGCCGCUGGCUUUGAGGAGCACAAGUUCCGAAACUUCUUUAACGCUUUCUACAGUGUGGUGGAGCUGGUGGAGAAGGACGGCUCCGUGUCCAGCCUGCUCAAGGUGUUCAAUGACCAGAGCUCCUCGGACCGCAUCGUGCAGUUCUUGCGUCUGCUGACCUCGGCCUUCAUCAAGAACCGCGCAGACUUCUUCCGACACUUCAUCGACGAGGAGAUGGACAUCAAAGACUUCUGCACUCACGAAGUGGAGCCCAUGGCCAUGGAGUGUGACCACAUCCAGAUCACGGCCCUGUCCCAGGCGCUGAACAUCGCCCUGCAGGUGGAGUACGUGGACGAGAUGGACACAGCCCUGAACCACCACGUGUUCCCCGAGGCGGCCAGCCCUUCCGUUUACCUGCUCUAUAAAACAUCCCACUACAACAUCCUUUACGCAGCUGAUAAACGUUGAUUACUUCUAGGCCACGCAGUGGCGCCUGUCACCUGCCUAACGGGACUGCAUUCUGAACGGAACAUUCUGGCUUUUCCAUUUUUUAAGCGAUUUAGACUGUAGUUAGAGAACGUACAGCUUUCUGGGCAAAGCCACUGGGAAUGAGGCCUGCUCACCACGGACUGUGAUGCCUUGGCGACGUUUUGUCAUUCACUGUCAAGGAAGAGUGGAUGCUUCCAAGCUCUGACUCGGAAGCCAGAACCUUCUUUCAGCUCCUAGUUCCCUGGGACCCGGGGAGCCAUCUCCCUUCUCUGGGCUGGCCUGUCACAUGGAAGAGGUUCCUGACUGUUGCAUAAAAAAUGAGGUCCCCUGAUUUCUUGUCACCGGAGGCACCUGCCUCUGUGUACAGGAGAAAAAGUCAAGUAUGGUGACUAUAAAACAACAACAAAAAAAAACCAAGUCCAAGCUGUUGGACUGAACUUUGGCGGCUGGCUGACUUUGGUGGCCAGUUGAAGCCCUCUUGAAAAUGAGGGUUUCAGCGUGGUUCCAAACAUACGUGAUGAUGUUUCCUUACCUCUGGGUGAUCUGAGGAAAGAGACUCGCGACUCGCUGAUGCCGAGGCCUUUCUAGAAAGGGGCCUUCUGCAUGAAGACUGUGCCGCUGCUGACAGCCCGCUACCUCUCAGAACACCUGCUGUUGGGGGGUUGUCCUUUAGGGCGCUGUCAUCAGCCCCACCUGCAGCCAGGCUUAGCAGGACGAGGGUCUGGGCCCCACCAGGUCCUCCCAGUUAAGAAACCGACACCUGCACAGACCCAGGUGAACACAACGGGUAUUUUGCAAUAUCCUCUACCCGCACAUCCCCCUCCUCCCAGCGUAUGUGCUGUGACAGGUCUGCUGGCAAAGGCCAGAGGUAAGAUGAAAAAAAUAGCCAGGCGGGAGGUUUCCUUUGUAGAAAUGACCUGGCAGCCCAAAGCCUGGGCCGUGACCUCCUCAGUCACUCACCUGGACGGUGCUCCUUAAUAAGCUCCCCACCUGGAUAGUCCAGGAAGCCCAAGAGCCCCGACUAGCCGGGGCCACUUCUAGCGAGCUCCUUCGCUCUGCAGAAACGGAGCACGUGGGGGUGCGAAGGUGCCCUAUGGGCAGCGUCAUCACAGCUCUUCCCACGGGCUUGCCAGGGACGUAUUACAAUCUCUGGUGCUGCGGUGCCAGUCUGGGCACCAGCUGCGGAGUCCCUGAACACAAACACUGGACUUCUAGCACUCUUCUGCCUUCACGAACACGGUCCUCAGGGUGAUGAGGUAGGACGCAGUUUUUCACUCUGCCCACAUCUCACACUUGGAUCCAGGAGCACAGGCUAAGGGACUGCCACUUUCCCAAGAACAUAAAGAUGACCAGAUCUCUAAACUGUGGCCUGCCCUGCUCUGGACAGGAGCGUUGGGUCCCGUGGUAAGUGUACUGGAACAGGUGGGGGGAAAUACGAAAUGCUACCAGAAUAACCCCGUUUCUAAACUGCAGCGCUGUUUAGAAACGGAGCGUGCCAGCGGAGCACGCUCUCAGGGCAGCUUCACUCUGGUAGACCUCCCAAGAGAUUCUUCUCUGAAAUGUGCCUAGGCGGUGCUCCAUGCCUACAGUGCUCAUAGGGGACCCUCUUCCCAGGGAAAGUCUUACCAGCUUAUAAUCAGGAGUCCAGGCAAGGCAGGCCGAGGUAUUCCUACGGUCUUACCCUCUGCUUUCCCCUCUACAAACCCACUGGCCAGUCCACUGCCCCCGGCUGUUGUCCCCUAGAGGAAGUACUAGGGAAAAAAGGCGUGCCAGACUUUAGCGCAAUUUCGGUAUAAAUGGUUCAAAGCCAGAAAUUCAUGGAAGUUAACUUGUUUACAGAAGCUGGUCACAAUGCCAGCAAGCUUUUCACCCCUCUUUCCAGAUCGAAGGCUGGAAGGGAUGUUGGUCUAACAGCACAUCUCCCCAACUGCACACUUACUACUUUCUUUCCAAAGGGAAUUUAUAGAUCAAUGUGAAUAUUUAGCACCAAAGGGGAAAUAAA